AGCACGGCUGCUUUUUGUGAAAACCGAGGGGCAGUGAGCAGAAGGCAGUGCGGCAAGGCGGGUGGGGAGGACCCGGGGACAGAAGACAGCAGACGCUGCAGGAAGGUGGCACGACCGAGUGUGGGGAGCCCCGUGCCAGGAGGGUGAGCAGUGAGGAGCCCAAGAAGGUCAGAGGGAGCAUUGCAGGUCAGGACUGACAGACACCGUGCUUUGCUUUCAUCUGCGUGACCGCUGCUGGAUCUAGCCCCGCUGUCUAGCUCCAUCUUCCCUCCUUCAGGACAUCUACGCCUGUCAGCCAGGGGCUGCUCCAUCCCUGUGCUGAGGAUCUCUGCCUGCUGACACCCGAUGGGACCAAGGAGGGUGGCUAAGACAUACAACAGUCGCUCAGCAACUCCUCGUCCCCUGGGGAGGACAACAUAAGCUGCCUGCGCCAGCCUCCUGGGUUGUUCUCACUACAGCUGGAGGUGCUCCUAGCCUGACUUUUUCCAGGCUCCCCCCUUGCAGAUCUUCUCCCCCAAAAGCCUUCAAAAUCUCCAUUUCAGGAAGAAAAAAAAAAAAACAGCCAUUGUACAGGGUGUGCUGACCCACCACGGCAGACCGGUGUGGGACAAAGGCCAAGCUGAAGAUACAUGGCAUCAAAUCAUUGAUCGCUGAGGAGACCUUGAGCUUGGAUGCCCCAAAUGGAGGCCGAGGAACAGGAGGAAGAUGCCAACUCCCUCUCAAAAGACGGAUCAGAGACUAACUCAGCUACCUCACGUGACUGCCGCCGCUACGUGCCUCUUGGAAUAGUCUUUGUUUUGCUGGCUGGAACUGCUGCAACAACAUGGUAUUUCCUAGACUACAGACCAUGGCACCUGGAACCAUCUGUCCUGCAGUUUUACUCCGGCAGCCUCCAGGUCCUCAAUCGCCAAUACUUCCCAGACCUUGGGGAAGUGGAGUCCAGAGCCUUCUGGUUGGAGUCAGCUAAACUCCAGAAUAUGCUGAAGGAUCUCAUUCGUGCCACAGAGCUGGGUCGAUAUUACAACUCGAGCACGGUUUAUGCCUUCGGGGAGGGGGCUCUGACCUUCUUCUUCUGGUUUACCCUCCAAAUCCCUGAGACUAAGCAGAAGGAGAUGACGGCUGAGACGGUGAACACAAUGCUCCACCAAGAGCUCUCCGCCAGCUUCAACAUCUCGGGCAGCCUGUCCUACCAGGCAGAGUACAGGGUCAACCCAGACUCACUGGUUCUGCUGGAAUCCAGUGUGAAAGACAUAGUAGUGCUGAAAUCCACUCUGGGUUGCUACAGAUACAGCUACGUCCAGGAGGACGACAUCCUAACGCUGGAGGGCCCUGACUACCUGGCCUCCAGUUGUCUUUGGCACCUCCACGGCCUCAAGGGCUACAUGAUCAAGCUACACCUGGAGUGGACCCUCCCGGACUGCAGGGACCGCCUGGCUAUGUAUGAUGCAGCUGGGCCACUGGAGAAACACCUCAUCACCUCGAUCUACGGCUGCAGCCGGCAGGAGCCUGUGGUGGAAGUCCUUUCAUCCGGCCCCGUCAUGUCCAUCGUGUGGAAGAAAGCCAUGUACAGCUACUAUGACCCCUUCAUCCUCACAGCACAGGUGGUGCCCCUCAAAGCCUGCGAAGUGAACAUAACCCUGCGGGAAGGCCUGGAGCUUCAGGGGAAGAUCAGCACCCCACACUACCCCAGUUACUACUCGCCCAACACGCAGUGCACCUGGCACAUGAUGGUCCCCUCCCUUGGCUAUGGGGUCACCCUGUGGUUCGACGCCUAUGCGCUCAGCAGACAGAAGCAGGACCUGCCCUGUACCCAAGGCCAGUGGAUAAUUCAGAACAGAAGGUUGUGUGGCCUGCGGACCCUGCAAGCCUACGCCGAGAGGAUCCCAGUCACGUCCUCUGCCGAUAUCACCAUCACCUUCACCUCGCAGAUCUCCUUAACGGGCCCUGGCGUGCAGGCAGCUUACAGCCUGUACAACCUAUCUGACCCCUGUCCCGGUGAGUUCCUGUGUUCGGUGAACGGCUUGUGCGUCCCGGCCUGUGAUGGGAUCAAAGAUUGCCCCAACGGGCUGGAUGAGAGAAAUUGCGUGUGCCCUGCAAAGUUCCAGUGCCGAGAGGACAGCACCUGCAUCGAGUUCAGCCGAGUCUGCAACCAGCAGCGGGACUGUGCCAACGGGACCGAUGAGGAGCAGUGCAGUGAAGGGGUCCCCUGUGGUCCCUUCACCCACCGCUGUGACGACGGGACCUGCGUGAAGAAACCCAACCCCCGGUGUGACACCACGGCGGACUGCAGGGACCUGUCCGACGAGGAGCGCUGCGACUGCGGGCUGCAAGCCCCUCUCAGCAGGAUCGUGGGUGGUGCUAACUCAGUGGAAGGGGAAUGGCCCUGGCAGGCCAGCCUGCAGGUUCGGGGCCGCCACAUCUGCGGGGGAACGCUCAUUGCGGACCGCUGGGUGGUCUCAGCCGCGCAUUGCUUCCAGGACGAGAGACUGGCUUCCCCCUCCAUCUGGACUGUUUACUUGGGCAAAUAUUUCCAGAACACCAGCAGCCACACAGAGGUGUCCUUCAAGGUGAUCCGUCUCUUCCUCCACCCCUACUAUGAGGAGGACAGCCACGAUUAUGAUGUGGCCCUGCUCCAGCUGGACCAUCCCGUCAUCACCUCGCCCUUCAUCCAGCCCAUCUGCUUGCCUGCCCCUUCCCACCUCUUUGAGCCUGGCCUUCACUGCUGGAUCACUGGCUGGGGAGCCCUGAAGGAAGGAGGACACAUCAGCAAUGUCCUGCAGAAGGUGGACGUGCAGAUCAUCCAGCAGGAUAUCUGCAGCGAGGCCUACCACUACAUGAUUUCUCCGAGGAUGCUCUGUGCUGGGUACCGCAAGGGCAAGAAAGACGCCUGCCAGGGUGAUUCUGGAGGUCCACUGGCCUGCGAGGAGCCCAGCGGCAGGUGGUUCCUGGCUGGUUUGGUCAGCUGGGGAAUGGGGUGCGCACGUCCAAAUUCCUACGGAGUGUACACCAGGAUCACCCAAGUGCUGGGCUGGAUGAACCAAACCAUGAGCUGAGAAAAGUGCAUCUCUGCCCUCUCCCCAUCAGACCUACGCGCACAACGGCACUCGUUCCUGACCUUGCUCGCUUGCCUCAGAGAGAAAAGAGUUUGUGUGUGGGAUGUUGUCAGACCCAGGAUGCUCUUCUGAGCAGGGUAAAAAAAUAAAAAAUCUGACGGUGGGAACUGUAGAGGAAAGCAGGCAGACCCUCUUCUCCCUUCAGUGCUUCCCGAGGGAACAUCCCAAGGUGGAUUUGGGCCAUCUAUCCAAAAUUCUUGGCGGGAGGGUCCCAAGCUGAUGGUUUCUAAGUGCAGGAAUGAGGGGAGCUGAACUUUCCAUGAACCAUGUGAUUCAGCCACAGUCUUAUGCUGGAACGAAAAUGUGACUGAUGUAGUUAGAGAUUCCAGUAACUGUGAAAUCAAUCAGCCUCCCUCUUCCUUCUUACUGCUCGUCCUCCUUCCCCCCUUCCCCUCCCAUCACUCCUCCUCUUCCAUCUCCCUAAUUGCUUCUUUUCUUAGCCGGCAUGUGCUGCUCAGCUCAGCCAGGCAACGCUUCACGUCUCACUGCCUCCCAGGCACGAGCCCAGCAUCACGCCCCGAGGCGCUGCUGCUGCUCCUGGACCCCUCAGAAGACCCCGGCCCCUCAGUAAAAAACAUUAAAGCAGCCUCCUGGCCCCUUCCCUCA